AUGAAGACUUUUUCUAAACUCCCUAAUUAAUAAUAGAGCCAAAAAAUACCUCUAUUAUUAUAUUUUAUAUUAUAAUGACGCUUAAAAUUAGGUCUAGAUCUUCAAUCUUAUUUAUGUUUUAAAAACCAAUAAAUAUGCAAUAAUUUUAUUUAAAAUUCUCUCACAAAUUGUAAAUUAUUUGGUAGUGAUUAAUAUUUAAAAAUUUAUACUUAGCGUAGUAAGGAGAGUUUAAUCUUAUCUUAUUUAAUUUAUAACGCUUAAAGUCCACUACGGGGUAGCCGUUUCCAGAGCUGCCACAAUAUUCCACGUGUUUGACCCAUGGACCUCUGGAUCGAUUCUUCAAGGCAGAUAUAACGUUCCGGCUUCGACGGGCUGCGUUGCGUUGCCUUCCUUGCCUUAACUGCUGCGUUUGCUCCGCCUAAGGCUUACCUUCCUAGGGUGUGCUGGGAGGUAAAACUUCGAUCCUCUUGAAUUACUUAGAGCAGUGCCUCGGCUUAUCUGUCAGAGUUAAAGUGCUAUUGACUCCCCCCCCCUUUAAAUUGAAACAAAAAAUUUUGUUUCAAUUUAAAGGGGGGUUAAGAAAAUUUUUUUUAUAAAAAAAUUUAUAUAUAAAAAUUUUUUCAGAGAUAAAAUUUUAUAAUUUCAUGAAAAAAUUAAUUCAUAAAUUUCUCAAUCUCAAAGUGUAAACUUGCUGAAAUGGUAUUCUUCUAACUCUCCCCAUAACAAUUGGACAAAAUAGAGUUUAAUUUCUAAAUCUUAUAUGUUUGAAGCAUAUUAAAUAGGGUAUUAACGUAUUUACAUAUAAAAUAAUGAUUUUUACCUAUAAAAUUUUCUAUUAUAAUAAAAUUUUGUUUCAAUUUAAAGGGGGGGAGUGAGGGCUAAUUUCGCUCGAACCGAAUGCCAUUUUAUUUAUAAGGAGAGUUUAGUCAUAAACCUUUCAAAACAAGUUGAAUUUUCCACUGGAAAAUCAGAUCCAUCAUCCCAUUCUUUAAAUGAUCAAGCAUCAAAGAAAACGAGCCCCAAAGCAUGCACUCCAUGCAUUUGUGGCUGCAAUUCACCAAUGCUUAUGGGCAAAAGGAAUCCAAACCUACGCUUUAGUAGCCCAAAAGAAAAUUUUUUAGUUCUUUUGCAGUGAUUCUUCGAAGAAUUUAAGACAUCAAAGUUCAGUUUACAAGUAAUUCCAGAUUCCAAUUAUAGUAAUUGCCCGAGGAUGGCGCUAUCUUGCGCCAUCCUCGGGCAAUUCAAAAAUGGCCCCACACCGGGAAUUGAACCCACGUGUGGGGCCAUUUAUGAUAUGUGGAGAACAUCGACUUCCACGAGCCAAAAAUGGCCCCACACGUGGGUUCAAUUUCGGUGUGGGGCCAUUUUUUAAAUUGCCCGAGGAUGGCGCAAGAUAGCGCCAUCCUCGGGCAAUUACAAUAUGACAUAUAUGACCUUUUUCAUUGUAUAUUGAAAGUAAGAAAGCACUUCGGAAGAAUUAGUUGGCGAGCAGUUGGAAAAGUUCUGAGUCCAAUCAACUCAUGUCGGGAAUCCAGACAUGCUUUAAAAGCCUUUUAUAAAAAAUAUUUGUCCGACUUCGAGGAAUGAAUUUAUGAAAAAGGUCCAGUCACAGUAGGCUGCAUAGACACCGAAAUUAUAGUGACGAUACUAAAAGACUUUAUCCCGAAACAUCAUAUAGAUAAGCAAGAGCUGGCUUCUAAUGAAAUCGAAAGCGCGAUCACUAGUGAUACGAACCAUGAGGAAUCUUCUGACUCCCCCCUUUAAAUUGGAACAAAAAAAUUGUAUUUUUUAGGGUAAUAAACCCUCUUUUAAAUAGGAAACAAAAAUUUUAUUGGAGAAAAUACUAAAUUUUAAAAUUAGUUUUGACUUAAUUUAAUAGACAAAGUGCAAGUAUAAUGCUAUUUAAACUGUUUCACAUUGAAUCGAUUAAUUUUUUUUACUUAAUUAUUUAUAAAAUUAAAUUAAAAUUCAAAGUAUUGUCCUCAAUUUAUAUAUUUUUUUAACAAGAUCAAAUAGUAAUUUUUAUAAAAUUAGUUUGACCUAAUUUAAUGGAAAAAGUGAGAGGAGAAUGCUAUUUAAACAGUUUUCAAUUGAAUCGAUCAAUUUUUCAUAUAUUUCUUCAAAAAAAUAAUAAGUAUCCCUCAAUUUAUAUUUUUUAAAAAUUUUAAAAAAAAAUAAACCCCUUUCUCUUGAAACAGGAUUUUUUUGUUCCAUUUUAAAAGGGAAGAGUGAAAUAAUCUCUCAAGAAGUUGUUGACACCGUUGAAGAUCUAAUUAAGGGAGCUGCAAAAAUUAUAGAGCAAGAAGGAGCUGAGAAAGCAAUGAAGCAAAAUAUAGCGAUUUAGAAUAAUUUCUAUAAUAAUAAGAUAAAUUUUUUAUUGAUUUAAAAAAGCAGAUAAUUCGAUAUAUACUGCAAUAUAGUAUAUUUUUAUUAAAGAUAACAAACAAGAUGAAAGCAAAAUUGAAGAAAAACCACAAAUAAGGAUAAGUGAAGAUGAGUGUGAAGAAGAAGUUUUGCAUAAAAAGAGAAAAAUUGUGAAUUAUGAAGAUCUUCCUGAUAUAAAUGCAGCAAACGAAUUUCCAAUUUUUAUUGUGCAAAAGAUUGAGGUCAAAGAAGAAAAAAGAAAACUGAAGAAAAGCAAACCUAAAAGAGAAAAUAAUCAAGAGAAGGUAGAAGAAGAGAAAACAAAGCAUGAGGCCAAAGAGAAAAUUAAUCAAAAAGAGUCUGUACCUAAAGAAGAAAGCCCAAAAAAUGAAAUUCUUAAAAAACCUAAAAAAUCUGAAGAAAUUAAUAUCUCUAAUCCCAUGACACCUGAAUUUCGCAGCAAAAACCCCACAGAUCUUGGCUACCGUACAAAUUUCAUCAGUCGCUAUCUUCCAAUAGAAAUGCAAGAAAGCCAUAAGCUCCAAGAAGACCUUUUAAACCAAGAUAAUCCUCAAAAACCUGAAAAAGAAUCCAAGGCUCAUUUCAUCCGCAAAAAACAAUCAGCGGCCAACAUCAAGAGAAGCUGUGGAGUGACCUAUGUUCUUCCCACCGAAAGCACACAAACUGGAGUUUCUGAUCAAUUUGCCCCUCUGCCCCCACUUGCUUUUCAAGUAGGCACAGUAGAUAGGAUAAUCCCUUCUGAGGAAAGGGAAAAAUAUUUUACUAUGUCUCGUGAAUUAAUAAAACAUCUUUUUGAAAACCAAGGGGUUGUAAGGGUGACGAUACAAAAAAAUUAUGGAGAAACAGACUUGAAAAAAUAUGUCUUACUCCACCCUUUCGUGUCUUCACACGACACUAAUUCAUUACGACUAUUUUUUUGACUUUUUUUGCCUAUAUUUUUGGCAUUUUUUUUUUCACCUAUUUUGUUCCUAUUUUUUUUUUGCCAAUGUUUAAUGAUAAUAAAAAAAAGACAAAAAAGCCAGGCCAAUAAGGUAAAAAAUACGCCAAAAAACAAUAAUCGUUAUGAAAUAGGUAUAGUGUGAAGGAAACCCUUUUUAAAUUGAAAAAAAUUUUUGCAGGGUAAAUUUUAUAGGUAAAUAUACUAAUUUUUAUAUAAUAAGCUUUGGCCUAAAUUAAUGAAAGAAUGCAAGUAGAAUAUUAUUAAACAGUUUUCGCACUUAAUCAAGAAAUUUUUAAAUUAAUUUUACAUAAAAAUAGAUUAAAAUUUAAAAAUAUUGCGUUCAGUUAUUUUUUUAAAUAAAUUAUCCCCCUUAAAUUGGAGCAGGAUAUUUUGUUCCGAUUUAAAUUGGAGGAGUUAGGCGAAAUGGAUGAUGGGGAUGAAGUUUUAGUUGAAGAUAUGAAAAUCAUGUGGAGAAUAUUGGGAAAAGAUAAUUUCGUGGUUAUUCAUUUGCAAAUGGAUGAAAAAACACUACUAGCUCCUACUCUUCCAGGCAAUAGAGGAGAUGUGAUGAUCGGAUUUCUAGUAAAAAAAGGCCUCUGUGGGAUGAAGUCUGUUAAAAAGUGCCUAGGGCUUGAUGAGCUUGAGACCGACCCGUUAAAUACUUAUGCAACGCAAAUUCGGCUAGAAUUAUAUCUGCAAAAAAAAUCGUGAAAAAUUGCAAUACCUCAUGCCAGAAAGCUCUUAUGCUCAUUUAUAUAUGAAUUUGAAGCCUAUAUUCAGCGAUUUCUACUAGAUUGAAAUGCAGAACGCGAAAAGUUCUUUGUCACUAAAGUACUAGAGCCUAAGCAAGGAAUAUUUUUAUGAAAAAAAUCAUGCAGCUGUCCUUUAUCUCCUCUCCACACCAGCCCUACAUCCUCCUGAUCUCCUUCAUCUUCCUGAAUUCUGCCAAAUUCUCGCUCCUGUCCUAUAUGUAGUUCCUUCACAACAGAACCUUUAUAUACCUACGAAAAUGGCCUUUCCAGUCUCUUAGACUCGAAAAAUCCUCCUAAUUGAUUUUAUUUAAUAAAUACCCGAGAUUCCUUUUCUUAUGAUCUUCAUGUCUUACACUUACACUUAGUUAGAUUAUAGAAAAGCUCCCUGUCAGGAUCUGAAGAUCCUUAUUCCUCUCAUAAUACUUCACUUGCCUACUUAGCCGACAAUCGUCUCACGAUCUUCAAAGUCUUGCUCCUACCAGAUAUAGGCCUGCUCAUUCUCCCUGGUAGUCGGAAAGUUGGCUAACCGUGCCGUACAUCAAUGAGGCUUUGCUUCUAGAAAAUUCGAAAAAUAAAUUUUUGGUCGCCUGUCGGCAAAGAUGAAAUUCGUAGUCCAGGAUGCAACACCUGGUAUACGCUGUGGAAGGCUCCCGAUCGACCAGGAUGAACAUCACUGGUAUUGCUGGUACAACCCUUUCCAACUCCGUACUUCAUCGUCAUCGGAAGUAAAACCUUGACCUGGAUGUGAGCCUGCGAUCUGCUACCUGACAUUGCGCUUCACCAAACCAAGCAGCCUAGCUAGAUGCACAUACCAAUACCAAAAACAUCUUCCACAAGGUCUCUGGGUCUCCUCAGCUGCAGGUGUUAGGGAGUUAGUUUGGCUCUUCACGCCAUUUUUAUGUAUAUGAUCUUCAUGUCAAAAAGUCUACUAUCAGAUGAAAUGAUAGAAAUAUCAUUAAGCAAGAGUAUUACUUUAGGAAAAAUGAUUUGCCAUCAAACUAUCAUGAUUGAGAAAAAUGGCUUGAAGGAGACUAUGUAAGGGCUGGCAUUGUCACUUACCAAGGAAUUUUUAGUCAAGAUGAACUGUUAAAACUUGAAGAAAAAGCAAGAGGCACUGAACAAGAUUUUCGAAAUGGCCAAUUUUUAAUUAUACCACGUACCCCUUUAUAGAUCUUUAAGGGCAAUGACUUUUUUAAUAGAAAAAAAAUUUAAAAUUCUAAGAAGUCAAAAUUAAAUUAAAAAUUUCAUCUUAUAUCUCCUAUUUGUCAGUUGUAAAUUUAACUUUUCAGAAUAUUUUGGUAUGUCAAACACAAAACAUAAAAAUUAUAAAUAUCCUACCCUAUUACUGAGAAUACCCUAUCCUAUUACUGAUGUAUGUCAAAAGGAAUUUUUUCCCUCAGAAAUCAAUAAGGAGUCAGGCACUAUAAUACUGCGCAGCCUUCAUAUGGUGCUGGAGGGGUAAUAAAAAGGACAAAGUUUUUCUUUGGGACUCGUUAUAUGUGGACGGCUACACAAUUAGCAGAAAAGCAGUCUCGAGUAGCAGCUGGGGUAAGGGUAGACGUGAGUGAUACCCCAUAUUGAAUGAAAAAAGAAAUUUUAGACCCAUUGGUGGACUCAGGAAUUAUUGAAAAGAAUUUUAUAAAUUCAAUUGCUAUGAAUAUUUAUCAUGAUGGAAAAGAAGGCUUAGCCCAGCACUUUGAUGAUGCUGUUAGGUUUAAACAGCCAAUAUAUACUGUAAAAUUAGGGAGUGACGCGAGGCUUUCAUUUGGAAGUCAAUUUUAUGGGUAUUUAAAUGGAGCUUUUUGCAUUCCAUGCCCGAGAGGGGUGGUUUGUGUUAUGGAAGAAUUCAGUUAUGCAGCUAAUUCAGCAAAGCAUUGCGUGAGGCCUUGCGAUAUGUCUGGAAGAUCAAUCACACUAAUUUUAAGGCAAAUACAUCCAUUUAUAAUGGAAGAAGCAAGAAAAUAUGACGCUGAAAUCGAUUUACCGACGUGAUUUUCGACGCUUUCACUAGAUGAUGACUCAGUGCCAUAUUAUAAGCAAAAGGAAAUGGAAGCGAAAUUGCUUAUGAAAGAAGAAAAAGAAGCUGGAAAAAAACUGUCUUCUAAUAGCUAUUAA